CGGCGUUCAAGAAUUGAGAUUGACAGUUUGACGUACGCGCGGUAUUUGUUUGGCGCGAAAUGUCAUCCAACAUAUUAAACGAUAAUUAUCAAAAUGAUACGAAGUUGAAUAGUUUGAGUGCUUCGUUCGCGGAUAAAACUUUAACACCGUUAAAUGGGAGGUAUAGGUCGAAAAGUCUGUCAAGUGAUAAAUUGAACAAGGCGAAUAAUGCAGACCGUGCGGCGAUUUUAGAGGAUGUGGACGGGGAAUACGUGACGGAAAAUUCUGAAACUCCCGGUUGUUUAGUGAAAAAGGGAAUUAUGGAUCAAGAAGCGCAGUCUACACUUAACGGCUACAAAGAUGGCAAAGCGUCGUACGGCACGGAGAGCCCGGCGCGCGGCCGGCGAGUGAUCUUCUGCGUGCACGGCAACCCUUCCACGGGGUGCUGUGCCGUUAUCGAGACGAACGCGGACGGUGAUGAAACCGGCAACGGGAGCAUUAGUGAAGUGGAACGGCAUUGUCACAGAUCGCGCAAUGAAGAAAUAGAUAAACGGGCGAGGAGAAAACUUAUUAUAGCUAGUAUACUGUGCGUGGUGUUUAUGAUUGGUGAAAUUGUCGGUGGUUACCUAUCAAACAGUCUGGCCAUAGCGACGGAUGCGGCGCACUUGCUGACUGAUUUCGCCAGUUUCAUGAUAUCACUGUUUUCUCUAUGGGUGGCUAGCAGACCGGCUACGAGGAGGAUGCCGUUCGGCUGGUACCGCGCUGAGGUGAUAGGCGCUCUAACAUCGGUGCUCCUCAUAUGGGUGGUGACCGGCAUCCUGGUGUACAUGGCCGUGCAGCGUGUCAUAUACGAGCAGUUCGAGAUCGACGCCACCGUUAUGUUGAUCACAUCCGCUGUGGGAGUCGCUGUUAAUCUUGUAAUGGGGCUGACACUUCACCAACAUGGCCACAGUCACGGCGGGCACGGGCACUCGCAUGGCGGAAGCAAUCCUGUCCUCAACAAUAAGAAGGAGAGACCGGAUUCGGACGCGGAGAGUUCUUCCAGCCACCAGCACGAGCACGCGGAGAACAUAAACGUACGCGCCGCGUUCAUACACGUGCUGGGUGAUUUUCUGCAGAGCUUCGGCGUGUUCGUUGCGGCCAUUGUUAUUUAUUUCAAGCCGGACUGGAUCCUAGUGGAUCCCAUAUGCACCUUCCUGUUUUCCAUCCUGGUGCUGAUCACCACAUUCAACAUUAUCAAGGACACACUGCUAGUGCUCAUGGAGGGCUCGCCGAGGGGUGUCGAUUUUCAGGAGGUGGCGAACACGUUCCUGUCGCUGCCGGGCGUGGUGCGCGUGCACAACCUGCGCAUGUGGGCGCUCUCGCUCGACAAGACCGCGCUCGCCGCGCACCUGGCCAUACGCACUGGUGUCAGUCCACAGAAGAUUCUGGAACAAGCCACGCGUCUGGUUCACGAAAAGUAUAAUUUCUUCGAAAUGACGCUGCAAAUUGAGGAGUUCAACGACGGCAUGGAGGAUUGCAGCCAAUGUAAUGAACUCGGCGAGUUAAAGUGUAAUCCAGAUGGAACAAUCACUAUUCGAGACGAAGAGAGGAAUGUAUAGAGAACUUUUGAGAAUAUUCUAGAAUGAUCUAGAACAUUCUUCAUGUUAUUAAUGUACACAGUACAUUCUAGAAUGUUCGGGUAUGUUCCGGAACAUUCAAAAUGCAACGGAGAAUGUAUAGAGAAUUCAAAAUGUUCUAGAAGUUUCUAGAAUUUGUAUGAAAUAGCGCUACUUUGAAAAUCUAAUGAAUAUCGCUCGAUAUUACAAAUCUUUAUUUGGUGCCUAUUUUUUUAAUAUCAAAAUACUUAUAGCUCUGUUGGACCGUGUUAGAGUCAAAACAACUUGGCUCAGUAAUUAAAUGCAUUUUUGUAACUGAAAUG